CUUUGUACCAUGGUUUUCUUGAUUUUAUUUCACUAGGUAUUCUCAUGUAAACUAGGAUAGCCCCGUUUUUUAGUGGGAGGAUUGGUGCAGGUGGCAAUGGCGAGAAACUGACCCGAUCAAGCACCUCCACAACUGCUCGAGAGCCCCUGCCAGAUGAAGCAUAUUUUUCUGUUCCAAUCACCUCUCUCUUGACACGGUUUCAGUCUGCCCAUUGAGUUGAAUUGUACCUUGAUCAGCCCAUGGAUGAGCAAGCAAACAGGCUAUAUGUACAGCUAAAAGGGAAGGUGUACCUGUGCCUGUGAACGGCGACUCACUAACCUCCGCUAGACCUUGAGCGCAGCCUGCAGAAUCACAGUUAUAUCGUGCUUCUUAUAAGCAUUGUACGCGAUGUAAAUUUGGUGCUCCAGAUAAAAGGCUGAGAGACAGAUUUGCGUGUGCAGCUGAAAAGCAAAUGUUUAGGUCCUUAAGCAAUAAGAAUUCUUUAUUGGCUUAGAAACUCAAUUUUUGCCAAGAGUUUACAAGGACUUUCCGUUCACAAGCACAUGUAUUGAACACUCAUUGUUGGUGUGUUUUCUUAUGAGCACUCGAUGUUGGUCUUUUUUGGGGGUUUCCAUUUCAGGCUAUCAAUGGUGAGGUGGAGUCAAAGUACUUGGUGGACGUGUGGUCAAGGAACCACCCCUACUACAUUGGCGAGUGGCAGCUCCUCAGCUUUGGCCAUCAUUUCCAGUAUCUCCUUCUGUAGCUCCAGCAGCAACAAUGACGAUGGCAAGCUGGAGAAGCCCAUGACAGAAGCCAUGGAUGAGUUGUACGGAGAAGCUCCUCUACAAGAGCCUGUUGUCAAUGGCAUCAACACAAGAUUCAAUUGCUGCGUAGCGCUCACACUACAGUGGUGUCAAAAUCAACGGCUUCACCGGCACCGGCGAUGGGAUCGUAGCGCAGCUCCUCACCUCAGGGCAAGCAACUGUCCCGAGGAUAACGCAAAAGAGGGCGAGCGAAGAAUCCGGGACUGUCUAAUAGUUUAUUUGAUGCUACGCAUUUGUGCUCUCUACAAAGCUCAAGGAUAUCCAGCUCGGCAGCUGUGUUCAGUUCAGUGUGCAAAUGUCAGCACCAAAGUGAGAGAUUUAGAUGAUUGUCAAAAAUUUGAGGUGGAAGCAAAUUAAAUCAACGCCCUGUAGUUUUGAAGCGGGCUUGCACGGCAGCAAGCUCCGCGUCGUGUGACAAGAAAUACCAAGGAUAUUUGCUUGGGAAUCCGAAACUCUAGAAAGCUUAUGAAUGUGGUGUCUCCAUGGAACUGGAUUCAACAAGUGUAUUUGUUGUGGCCUCAACAACUUAAACAUAUGACACUGUUUAUAUUGUACGCUGAGUGCAUGUUUUGCAAUAGACUAGAAGAUGCAAACUGCUUUAUUCUAACAUUUCCCUCAUGUAAUAGCCUAUGUUCAAGGACAAACAGUUAUGCAGACCUAAAGGAUAUCACAAUAUCUCAUAACUAUUUGUAUCAAUUAGAUCAUAUUGGUCAAAUUUGAAUAUUUGAUAUAUUUAAAACCAGUGAAACCACGGGCGCGGCGUGCGCCGCGCCGUACA